ACAAAAGACCAUGCAAAAUCUCGUGAAGAGUUGAACGACAUCUGUGAUCGGCCAGGGUUAGCUAAAGAUCCGGCAACUGGGAGAUUUCCAAAGGCAAUGUAUGCUUUGGAUAGGGAUUCAAAACGAGUUUUGCUUGAGUGGAUUCAGAAAAUAAAGUUUCCAGACGGGUACGCGUCAAACUUGUCUAGAUGUGUUGAUCUAAAGGGGUUGAAAAUGCAUGGAAUGAAAAGUCAUGACUGCCAUGUUUUUAUGCAACGACUUCUGCCAAUCGCCCUUCGGGAGCUACUUCCGAAAAACGUGUGGGAGCCUCUAACAGAGUUAAGUAUCUUCUUCAGGGAGUUAACUUCCACGUCACUGUCACAGGAAGAUCUAAACCGUAUGGAAUCUGAGAUCCCAAAAAUCCUGUGUAAGUUGGAACGUAUAUUUCCACCCAGCUUUUUUGACUCUAUGGAGCAUCUCCCCGUGCAUCUUCCGUAUGAAGCUAUGAUGGCAGGACCGGUUCAGUAUCGCUGGAUGUAUCCAUUUGAAAGAUAUUUGAGGAAAUUGAAAAAAAAGGUCACUAAUAAAGGCAGGGUGGAAGGGAGCAUUAGUAGUGGAUAUCUGCAAGAAGAAAUCGCUAAAUUUGCAUCCUAUUAUUUUGCUGAAGGUGAUCCGAUGUUACCCGUGCGUUUGGGAAGAAAUGAAACUUGCGAUAUGGAUAUCGAUGACGAUGCCGACAGACUGGGAAUUUUUAAACCUAAGGGAAAGCCGUUGCGUGGUAGCGGUAGGAGAUAUCUUGAAGACGAUGAGAUCAUCGCUGCUCGGACCUAUGUUCUUCUGAAUUGUUCCGAAAUCGAAGAGCAUCGAAAGUAAGCAUUUAAAUAUAGUGUAAUAUUUCACAUAUUUGCUAGAAUUUGAUGUA